CUUUGACCCUUUGACCCGGAUUUCAUCUCUUAGCCAAAGUUUGUGUGUGUUUUUCUUUUUUGGCAGCUGCAAAUCCGUCUCAUAUUUUGCAGUCAUGUUAACGUUUUAUUACGACAUAAUGUCGCAGCCCUCGCGGGCCAUCUUCCAGUUUCUCAAGGCUAACAACAUCGUGUACAAAGACCAUCCGGUAGCGAUCAGAAAAGGGGAGCACAAGUCAGACUGGUACAUGAAGAUAAACCCCAUGGGAAAGGUUCCUGCCAUCAACGACAACGGCUUCAUUCUCACAGAAAGUGUGGCAAUCCUGAAGUACCUGGCUGUGAGGUACGUCGUCCCCGACCACUGGUACCCCUCGGACCCCCAGCAGAGGGCUCGUGUGGAUGAGUACAUGGCCUGGCAGCACAUGAACACACGCUUUAACUCAGCCGGGCUGUUCUGGAAAGAGGUUAUGAUACCACAGAUGACGGGCAAGCCAUUAGACAAAGCUACACUGAACAAGGCUGUGUCCGAGCUGAACAACACCCUGGACAUGCUGCAGACCAUGUUCCUCAAGAAUCAACAGUUUCUCUGUGGGGACAAUAUCACUAUCGCUGACCUACUGGCUGUCAAUGAACUGAUCCAGUGCCUGUCUUCUGGCCGUGACGUCACCCAAGGCAGGCCCAAGCUGCAGGCCUGGAUGAACCGGGUCAGGGAGAAGCUGCACCCCCAUUUUGACAACAGCGUUGGUAUGAUCUACAAAUUGAGGGACAUGUCCAGGAGACAGCAGGCUAGGCUCUAGAGAGGUGGUGACAGGCUCUAGAGAGGUGGUGACAGGCUCUAGAGAGGUGGUGACAGGCUCUAGAGAGGUGGUGACAGGCUCUAGAGAGGUGGUGACAGGCUCUAGAGAGGUGGUGACAGGCUCUAGAGAGGUGGUGACAGGCUCUAGAGAGGUGGUGACAGGCUCUAGAGAGGUGGUGACACUGAGAACAGUGCAAAGAUCAAAAUGUGCUGCGGACCUAAAUGUAACACUAGGUAGAGGUACCUCCGUAAAUAGUUUCAUCAGGUUGGCAGAUCAAUUGAACAAAGUCUUCUUCGUUACACAAACUUCUUUAAAUCUUCAGUAAAUGUUCCAACGACCAUCUGUCGCCAUCAUCAGUACACAAUGACACAAAUACUAUCGGUGCGAUGUGAACUACACGGAGACAGUGCAGUCUGAACUUAACCUAUUGUAUUGGGACGUAAUUACUUGACAUUGGAAUGUUCUUGAACAUGAUACGUUAAACAUCAUUGCUACUUUGUGACGUAGCAGCAAGGAUGCAGUCAUAAUGCAAUAGGUUAAGUUUGGACUGCACUGACUCUGUCUAUAUGGUUCAUAUAGCACUGAUAGUAUUUGUUUCAUUUUGUACUGAUGAAGGCGACAGAUGGUUGUUGAAAUGUUUACUGAAGAAUUAAAGAAGGUUACAUAACAGAGAAGACUUUGUUCAGGUUCAGGUACCGUUACAGAGGUUUAGGUCAUCAAUAAAGACAAAAUCAUGAAACAGUUUGUUUAGGCUUCAGACAUCUUAGCAUGUAGAGAACAUCUCUUCUCAAGAGGAUCUCAAAUCGAAGAUUGUAGUGCUGGUUUUAAUGCUCAUGCAAUGUUUUCAUCUUUUUCAUCUUUGCUUUAAGACUACAGUACAGUACAUCGUAGACCAGAAGAGACUUGGGUAAUAGACUAAUAAAGGUAUUAAAGGCUAGUUGCAACAACAAACAAAGCCUGAACAAUUCUUAGAUGCUCCAUCAAAAAUGUAAUUCCUAAGUAGCUAAAUAUGAAUUUUUUAACAACAACAACAGACGUGAGUAUGAAAUUCUGAAAUUCUCCAUAUUCAAUUUGAGGAUCAAGCUUUUUGGUAUGUAAUUUUUGAUUGUGAAACUCUAAGGAAAAGGUUUAUUAAGACAGUAAUGUAUGAAAUGUAAACAUAUCAGUAUAUUUACAGUCUCCAGCUAUAAGCUUGUUCACAAUUCAAAGUGCCAAUGCACAGUUAGAUGCAUAUGUGGAUGAUACCUCAAAGCUGAGGACCGCUAACUUGUAAACCGUUCUUGUCUCAACCUUGCACGGAUCUUAUUGAAUGUUCUAAUGUCUUUUGUUUAUGUCACAGGGGCUUUGAACUUUGACAUAUUAGCACAUGCACAUUUUAAUCCUUGAAUUGGCUUAUUGCAUUAAAAAUGUGGCCAACUAACUUCAAACAUACAAAACAUACAUUGGAACAAAGUUGAUCCUAGUUGGAAAAAAAAUGGAAGUAUAGAUAGGGAAAUUAUGAAAUUGUAUAAUAAAUUUGUUGCAAAUAGCUGCUGCCACAUGGCUGUAUAAAUUAUGUAAGAUUCUGUGGCAGCACAGUUGUAUGAUAUCACGCUGCUUCAAUAAUUUCAGACAGUUAACUUUUAAAAGUUACUUUAUGCAAAUAAUGCAACUGUUCAGAUGGUGCAUCUGAUGCUGUGCUAUGCUGUUGCACGUUUGCUACGAGUGAUCCUUUGAAAAAGCUUCUCUACAGAUGAUCUUACCAAAAAGAAGUUGAACGUACAGUACAUGAUGUACUUGAAGUGAAAUAAAAACACAACCAUGACAA